AGAACGGUUUUCUAGUCUAUGCUAUCUGCUACACUAGGAAGAAGAAGAAAAAGCAGCAGCAGCAUCAGUGUUGAAUCUCGUUUUCCCAGCAGAAGAAGAAAGCAAGGGCACUCACAUCUUCUCAGCUGUGAGUGAGAAUUUGGAGAGUAGAAGAAGACGCAGCUGAUUGUGGAAAUGUCAGUGCAAGAUUACCUGGACAAGCACAUGCUUUCCCGAAAACUCGAAGAUGCCGUCAAUGCCGCCGUUAGGGCCAAAACCUCCGAUCCCGUUCUCUUCAUCUCGAAUCACAUGAGAAAAGCUGUGCAAUCGGUCAUAACGAAAAUCAAGGCGAGACAGAUCCUCGAUAGCAGAGGAAUUCCAACCGUCGAAGUCGACUUGCAUACUAACAAAGGCGUGUUCCGCGCUUCAGUUCCCAGCGGCAACUCCACCAGCAUGUAUGAAGCUGUUGAGUUACGCGACGGUGACAAAGGAGUGUAUCUCGGAAAUGGCGUGGCUAAAGCUGUUAAAAAUAUCAAUGACAAAAUAUCUGAGGCGUUGAUCGGUAUGGAUCCUACGCUUCAGUCGCAGAUUGAUCAGGCCAUGAUUGACCUCGACAAAACUGAGAAGAAGGGGGAACUUGGAGCCAAUGCUAUAUUAGCUGUGUCCAUUGCUGCUUGUAAAGCUGGUGCUGCAGAAAAGGAGGUUCCACUUUACAAGCACAUUGCUGACCUGUCUGGAAAAACCAGCCCAACACUUCCUGUUCCUGCCUUUACUGUCAUAAGUGGUGGAAAACAUGCUGGGAGUAACCUGGCCAUUCAGGAAAUCAUGAUUCUCCCAAUUGGAGCAAGCAAAUUUGAGGAAGCAUUGCGAAUGGGCACCGAAACCUAUCAUCACUUAAAGGCUGUCAUUACAGAAAAAUAUGGUGCACAUAACUGUAAUGUUGGUGAAGAUGGUGGCUUUGCUCCUAAUAUCUCCAGCUUUAGAGAAGCCCUGGAUCUUGUGAAGGAGGCCAUUAGCAGAACUGGUUAUAAUGAGAAAAUAAAGAUAGCUCUUGAUGUUGCUGCUACAAAUUUUUGCAUAGGUAAAAGAUAUGAUCUGGACUUCCAAUCUCCUCAAAAGUCUGGACAGAAUUUUAAGUCAGCAGAGGAUAUGAUAGAGUUGUUCAAGGAACUAUGCUCUGAAUACCCUAUUGUGUCAAUAGAAGAUCCAUUUGACAGGGAAGAUUGGGAACAUAUCAAGCAUAUCUCAAGUCUUGGGAUUUGUCAGGUAGUUGGGGAUGAUCUCUUGAUGUCAAAUGCAAAACGCAUUGAGAGAGCAAUAACUGAGUCUGCUUGUAAUGCCCUUCUUCUUAAGGUCAACCAAGUGGGAACUGUUACAGAAGUCAUUGAAGUGGUGAAGCUGGCAAAGGAAGCACAUUGGGGGGUGGUAACAUCUCAUAGAUGUGGAGAAACUAUAGACUCUUUCAUUGCUGAUUUAUCUGUUGGCCUUGCUUCUGGUGUAAUUAAAGCAGGUGCUCCUUGCAGAGGAGAACGGCUAGAAAAGUACAACCAGUUACUUCGGAUUGAGGAGGAGCUCGGAGAUCAAGCAGUUUAUGCCAGUGAAGAUUGGAGGCAAUAAGAAUGAAAAUUUUCUUCAUAUCGGUCUUUAAGAUAUGCUUUUCUUCUUGAAGUUUGAUACGUGUGGUUGAAGUUCAUCACUGUACCAUAUUCAUCAACUGCUGAUGUUCUAUUGCCAUUACUUCAACUUUGAUCGUUUUGUGCUAUUGGGCUUUGGAGAAUGUUUCAACGAGUAUUCAACAAUCUGUACAAGAUAGUGCGGCCUGUUUAUUUAUCUAUUGUUAUAGGGGAUAAAAACUUGCACUAAUUUAAUGCUGAAGUUAAAAUUGUUCUGGGCAAGUGAUAUUGAUUAUAGUCAUCCAAUUCUUCGCAUUGCUUAUGUUCCAGCGCACCUCCUUUUACAGACCUGAUAUAUCAUUAGAUAGAUUUUAUCAUUUUUACCUUCUUUUUUGUACUUAAUACUUUCUUGUGCCUUUAUAAUUUAAAUUGAUAUGUGAUGAGCAAUGGAGAAAGGGAGGCUGUUUGGUUUCCUCGCAUUAAUGUUUUUCAUA